AAUGCCGCCGAGAGACGCCGUUCCGACGUCGACGCAAGUGAGUGGUAUUGGUGCUGACGGGGUUCAAACGGAAAAAGUGCUGAAAAAUCGGCCGAAGGCAAGCGCCCUUCGACAGCAAAAACUCCCCGCAUGGCAACCGAUUCUCACAGCAACCACAGUAAUUCCAACGGUUUUCGUCAUCGGAGCCAUCUUUCUACCCAUCGGCGUCUUCCUAUUCAUCGCUUCCGACGCGGUUUCCGAGUUCACCGUCGAAUACACCAAUUGCUUAUCACCGUGCCAAUUGCAAAUUAAUUUACCAAAUGCGUUCGACGGAGACGUCUUCUUGUACUAUAAUCUCGAGAAUUACUAUCAAAAUCAUCGGCGAUACGUGAAAAGCCGGAAUGAUCAGCAAUAUCUUGGAGAUUUGACGAACGUGAAGGACUGUGCUCCAUUCGACAUUGACCCUGCGACAAAGAAGCCAAUUGCUCCAUGCGGUGCGAUUGCCAAUUCGAUAUUCAACGACACUUUCACGCUGGCUCAUCGUGCCGACACAGGCAUCGUUACCAUGGUACCCGUGACGACUCAGGGUGUCAUCUGGAAUGUGGACAAGGAUCGGAAAUUCAAGAAUCCCCCGUUGAAUGAUGGCAACCUCUGUGACGCAUUCAACAAUACCACGAAACCACCGAAUUGGAGCAAAAAUCCGUGUGAAGUUGGCGGUUUUGAGAACGUGGAUUUCAUUGUUUGGAUGCGAACGGCAGCUCUUCCAUAUUUCAAAAAGCUGUGGAGAAUAGUCGACCGGACCACGAAUCCAUUGUUUUCAAAUGGACUCCCCCAGGGAACUUAUAUUUUGACAGUCGAGAAUAACUACCCAGUUCAAUCAUUCGGCGGAAAGAAAGAGUUUGUGAUAUCGACAACAAGUUGGGCUGGAGGCAAGAACUCAUUCCUCGGAAUAGCCUAUCUCGUCGUCGGAUCCCUGGCCAUUGUGCUCGGCGUAGUCUUCAUCGUGAUUCACAUGAAGUUUGGACAUUCGAUGAACGAGUUGAGCAACGUCUCGGAAAUUCAUCACUGAAUAUAAAGCCCUCUCACACAUACAUACUGUACACUUUGUUUGGAUAGAAAACCCCUGCCAUUCUAUUUUCUCACUUUUUUCCUUCUAUUUUCUCAAUUUUAACGUGCGACUCUGAAAACUACCAAGCUGCAUGCAUCGGGUACCUAACCGUUGUUUCUGUGUUUUUAUAAGACAAUCAAUUGUGAUAGAAUUGCAACGGUCUAAAAUGAUGUGAACUUUGAAUAAAGAAACACAAACACUU